UAGCAUGUUCUAUAUGUUAUCGUUAUUUGAAUGACUCUUACCAUAAUAUGUUACGUUAACAUACCAGGCACGUUCUCAGUUGGUUAUUUAUGCCUCAUAUAACGUACACUUAUUCAGCCUGUUGUUCACUAUUCUUUAUUUAUUUUAAAUUGCCUUUCAAAUGUCUAUUCUUGGGUCAAUUCUUGGGUCUAUUCUUGGGCCAAAAAAUGCGACUUAUACUCCAGUGCGACUUAUAUAUGUUUUUUUCCUUCUUUAUUUUCGGCCGGUGCGACUUAUACUCCGAAAAAUACGGUACAACUAUUUUUAACUCAUUUAGCAACUUGCAAGCUUGGUCAUGCUUAAUUUUGACCGCAAUUGUUGUAGAAUAUGCUUUAAAAAAAAGAAAAGAAAAUGUGCAAUGUGAUGAAACCGCAAUAUUUGCAGCGCAGCAUGGCGAGGGAUGACUAAUUAAAAUAAUAGUACAAUUAUUAGUAUAAUUAAUAACUACAAUACUUUGCAGUAAUACAUUGUGUGCUAAGGUUAUGUACAAUCCAAAUCAGGAUAGCAAGACCUCAGCAAGUGUCUGCAUUUAGACAGGUAAUGAUCUUUGUACUUUGGACUUUUAUUUGCAAACACAGCGUUGUGUUAAUGAGCGGACGUGACGAGAAGACGUGGGAUGAAGGGAAGUAAACAAAAGGACAUGCAUCCUAUCUAAUGUUUGUGUUUCUCUCAGAAAAUAAAGUGAGCAAACAUGGACUACGUCACCUUGGCCUUCCUGGUGUCCUUCUCCCACGUGUUGAGCAUGACCACAGCUGUGUCUCUGCCGACGGACGCCAUGAGGAAUAAAUCCAAGGUGAAGCGGAUGGCCGAGCAGCUGGUUGUGAGGCUGAAUACAAACAUCCAGGCUCCUGCUGGCGUGACGCUGGCGUCGCCUGCGGACCAACUGGACGGGCUCUCCUCGGUGGUGGCGCUCUUGGACGGCUACAACGACCUCAUCUCGGACUCCCUGAACGUGUCCCAGGUCAAGACGGACAUCUCGUCCCUAAAGGGUUACCUGGUGCAGUGGAGGCGGGGUCACUGCAACGACUCCAAGCCCAAGCUGUCAGUGUCCGGUCCACUGCAGCGGCUGCAGAGUCAGCGAGCCUUCGUCCUCACCGUAAGCAUCGAGGCGCUCAUGAGAGUGAAGGAGCUCCUCGGUCAGCUGCUGCACAACAUGGACCAGCUGGAGAAAUGCUGAAAAGCUCAUCUUUAAUGCACACGUAUUUAAAUGCUCAGAUUUAUUUAUAUAUUGUAUUUACUUUUUCUGCAAAGACAGUCGCAGUAAAUUCCAAAUGCUCAUCUGUGCUGGGAAAGAUCACAGAUUCACACACAGCUCUUCCUGUUUGUAGCCUUUAAAUGCGCCUUUUGUAUAUUUUUGUACUGAAUUUUUUUUAUAAACACUGUAUUGAUAACUAUUUAAGGAAAAAAACAUGUUUCAUAAAGUGAGUUUUUCAAAUGACUGUAGACAAACAGA